UUGCUUGCAAACGCUGAAACGUUCAGUUGAGCGUGGACUCUCCGCUAGAGAAGGUUACCGAGUUUUUUGAAAAAUCUUUUUUUUGUGUCUUCUUCUGUGUUCCCUGUUUUAUCAUCGCCCUCGCUUUUGUUGUUGUAAUCAGUCAGUGUCAGAGUCUCUUCUUCCUGUUCUUCUUCUUCUUCACUUGCCGCCUGACUGACUGUCAGUCAGUCCCCAAAAAAAAAAAACAAGUAACCGAACCGACAGAAGGCCAAGUCAGCCCGAAGAAGAAGCAAUAACGGACCGGGAGGCAUCAUCGUCAUACACACAAACACACACACAGGCAAAAAUCGCCGCCGGGAGUGAGACCACCGCAUCCAUUGAAUUCCUUGCCAGCCAGCAGCAGCUGACAUUCGAACGAACUCUCGACUCGAACACCGGCACCGUUUUGGUGGUGGUUGCUUUUGCUUUUAAGGUUUUUCGUUUUCGUAGCUUGGGCAAUCGGCUUUGGCUUUGGCAACGGCUUUGGCAUUUCCUGCUGCUGGUUGCCAUUGCUGUGACGUGCUCUGUGCUGCCCCUAAGGAGACACACAGAUAGAGGUCGAAUCGAAUCGAAUACAUAGGCUCAAUACGCUACGCUACGCACACACAGCUACCAACCGAGCGUUGUGUAUCGAAACGAAAAAAAAGUGGAGAACACUCUUUUGUCGAAGCGAAGCUGAACGUUCUCAAUCAUUCAUUGGAGUGUCGCGAGCGCGCAACAACCACCGGCAAAUAUCACCAAGCAAAGAGUCAGUAAGCAGAGAAGCGAGUCUUGACAUUAUAGAAGCUAUUAAAGUUGGGAAGAGGAAAGUGUAUCUCUACAACAACAACAAAAUCAAUAUGGCACUCAAAGGAAACUCAUCGAUUGUAUUGAAUGUGGAAAAAUUUAUCAAAGAUGUGGAAAAUCGACCGGCGAUAUGGAAUCGCAAUUAUCACUGCAACAAGCCAUUUCUCGAGCAGAUGUGGGAAGAGUUGUCAUCCAUUCAUCAGUUGCCAAAAGUUGUAUUAAAAGCAAAAUGGAAAGGUUUGCGUGACAAUUUUCGAGUUGAAUACAAACGGAUACCGCGGGGGGAUAAUGGCGAUUUCCUGAUCCAACCAGCGGAACAUGAGUCCAAGUGGAUACAUUAUUAUGCGCUCUUGUUUUUGACUGAACACAUGCGUCAUCGCCUGCCAAAAACCGAACAAGAUACAAUGUUCUACUUCAACCAAUCAAAUCCUCAGGAAUACGAACAGACUCUUGUCGAGCCUGAUCUUACAAAUGGUCUCAUCCGUAUACCAGACAGUGAUGAAGAAUUCGAUGAAGAUGACGUAGAAGAUGAUGAUAUGGAAGAUCCUCCCAAACCUUUAGCCAAUAAACGUCCCGAAUUUCAUGGCACUGCUAAAAAACGUUCCCCUCAGCAACAUUCCUCAUUCAACAGCAUGUCUGACAGUACCAGCCUUUAUAAUGAAAAAUCAUCCUCAUUCUCAAACAGUCACAUUCCAUCAUUAAAACUUAAGCGACAACGUCUCUCCGAGGACAGUAAUUUUAAUGGUUCAUCGACAAUGGAAAAUUCAGCAGUUCCUGAAGAUGAUGAUUAUCAUUAUUUAUUGAGCCUGCAUCCUUAUAUGAAACAAUUGAAUUCAGCACAGAAAUUACGAAUUCGUACAAAAAUUCAAAAAUUAAUUUUCAAAGAACUUUACAAAGAGGAUCUGGAAGAGAAGUAAAAAAAAAAUCCCAUUUAAUGGCAUAUAGUCUUUCGAAACAUUCCACAUUCAAGAAAGAAAGAAUAUCUUCGAACAAAAAGACCUCUUUGUCACAAAAUAGUCAUAAGAUCAGGAACUAGUAUUAAGCUCUUAUUUUUUUUAAACAAGUUUAUUU